GUAUGGAACCCAAUCAAUUGCUUCAUUUUAGUGUGUGUGUGUGUAUAUAUAUAUAUAUAUUUGAACAUUCAACAAGAUUUAUUCUAUGCAGAGGUUGAUAUGAUGAAAUAUUGAUGGAAAUUUUUUAAAAAUCGUAGCCCUUAAUAAGUGUCAUUGAUUUUCUUUCAUUAAGGUGAUUUCCGUAGAGAUACACUAAACAACAACAAUCCCCUCUUCUCUGCGCACGUGGCCUAUAUGCCGAAGCAAGGUGAAAAUUAAGGUUUGUGAUCGACAAUUCACCAUGAAACUAAUUUGGGUACUUCUGUUAAUGGUUUUGUUUAAUGGGUACUUUUCAAAUGGAGUGAGCACAAAUGUUACGACAAGGCCUGAAGUUGUGAACAUUGGUUCCAUAUUCUUUUUCAAUUCUACAAUAGGCAAAGUUGCCAAAGUUGCCAUAGAAGCUGCAGUGGAAGAUGUGAAUUCCAACCCGAAUGUUCUUGGUGGAACCAAGCUCAAUCUUGCAAUGUAUGACUCCAAUUCUAGUGGAUUUAUGGGCAUUCUAGAAGCUCUACAGUUCAUGGAGGAGGAAACUGUGGCCAUAAUUGGGCCUCAAUCAUCCGUUAUAGCUCAUGUGAUUUCGCACAUUGCAAUGGAGCUGCAAGUCCCUCUUUUAUCCUUUGCAGCAACAGACCCCACUCUGUCUUCACUUCAGUACCCAUUCUUCGUUAGGACAACACAGAAUGAUCUGUUCCAGAUGGCUGCAAUUGCAGAAAUUGUGGAGUACUAUGAAUGGAGACAAGUAGUAGCAAUUUAUGUGGAUGAUGAUUUCGGUAGGAAUGGGAUAACAGCCUUAGCAGAUCAACUUGCCACGAAACGUUGUCAAAUCUCUUACAAAGCACCAAUGAAGCCUGAAGCGAGCAGAGCUGACAUCAUGGAUGUCCUGAUUAAUGUGGCUUUAUCCGAGUCUCGGAUUCUUGUUCUUCACACUUAUGACAGUUGGGGUCUAGAUGUACUUGCUGUGGCCAAAUAUCUUGGGAUGUUGGAUAGUGGUUAUGUGUGGAUUGCUACAAAUUGGCUCUCUAAUCUUUUGGACACUAAUUCUCCUCUCCCUUCAGAGACGAUGGAUAAUUUUCAAGGAGUUAUCACAUUGCGUAUGUACACUCCGGAUUCAGAACUGAAAAGAAACUUUAUCUCAAGGUGGAGCAACUUGACAAGUAAAAAAGGGGCUAAUUCUGCUUCUCUUGGAUUGAAUGCUUAUGGCCUAUAUGCCUAUGACACUGUUUGGCUGCUCGCUCGUGCAAUUGAUGCAUUUUUCAAUCAGGGUGGAAAACUUUCCUUCUCUAAUGAUUCCAAGUUAAAUUUGCUGCGCGAAGGGAGUUUGCAUCUUGAUGUUAUGAGCAUCUUUGAUGGAGGAAACUUAUUGCUUGAUAGCAUUUUAAAGGCUAAUAUGACUGGUUUAACGGGACCAAUCGAGUUUACUCCUGACAGGUCCCUGAUUCAUCCUGCAUUUGAAGUCAUUAAUGUCAUUGGCACAGGCUAUACUAGGAUUGGUUUUUGGUCGAAUUAUUCAGGAUUAUCAGUUGUGCCUCCGGAAAUACUCUACACGAAGCCACCAACUCGUUCCACUUCAAAUCAGCAUCUGUACAGUGUAAUCUGGCCUGGACAAACUACACAGAAACCUCGCGGAUGGGUUUUUCCAAACAAUGGAAGGCAACUGAGAAUUGGAGUCCCUAACCGAGUUAGUUAUCGUGAAUUCAUUGGAGAAAUACCAGGCACUGAUAUGUUCACAGGGUACUGCAUUGAUGUAUUCACUGCUGCCCUCAACUUGUUGCCAUAUGCUGUCCCAUAUAAAUUAAUACCAUUUGGAGAUGGUUAUAAUAACCCAACGUGCACUGAGCUUGUCCGCUUAAUCCCUAUUGGCGAAUUUGAUGCUGCAGUAGGUGACAUUGCUAUCACCACUGAUCGUACUAGAAUAGCGGAUUUUACUCAGCCAUAUGUGGAGUCAGGGCUAGUCGUAGUGGCUCCAGUUAGGAAGUUAAAUUCUAGUACUUGGGCUUUUAUGAGGCCAUUUUCGCCAAUGAUGUGGUGUGUCACAGCAAUUUCUUUCGUAAUUGUUGGAGCAGUUGUUUGGAUUAUGGAGCACAGAUUGAACGAUGAUUUUCGUGGCCCCCCUAAGAGACAAGUUGCCACUAUUCUAUGGUUUAGCUUCUCAACUUUGUUCUUUUCCCAUAAAGAAAGAACAGUGAGCACCCUAGGUCGUCUUGUGCUUAUCAUAUGGCUAUUUGUGGUACUAAUUAUCAACUCGAGUUACACUGCAAGUCUGACCUCAAUACUUACUGUGGAGCAGCUUUCUUCGCCCAUUAAAGGUGUUGAAAGUCUAAUGGCGAGCAAUGUCCCUAUUGGCUACCAACAGGGCUCAUUUGCCCGAAAUUAUUUGAUUGAGGAACUUGGCAUUCGCGAGUCAAGGCUCGUCGCUCUCAAGUCAGCAGAAGAGUAUGAUAAUGCCUUAAAAAAUGGUCCCAAGAAUGGUGGUGUUGCUGCAUUGGUUGAUGAACGCGCAUAUAUUGAACUCUUCCUCUCAACCCGUUGUGAAUUCAGUAUUGUUGGUCAAGAAUUCACCAAAACUGGAUGGGGAUUUGCCUUUCAGCGGGACUCUCCUUUAGCAGUUGACAUGUCAACUGCCAUCCUGAAACUGUCUGAGAAUGGGGAUCUUCAAAGGAUUCAUGACAAAUGGCUUACAAGAAGUGCCUGCAGUUCACAAGGCUCAGAGCUUGAAGUAGACCGGCUUCACCUGAAAAGCUUCUUGGGCCUCUUCCUCGUGUGUGGAUUAGCGUGCUUGUUUGCUCUUCUACUAUAUUUUCUUUCAAUGGUACGCGAGUUCAGCCAUCAUUACUCCGAUGAGUCUGAGUCAUCUGGUGGAAGCUCGCGAUUAGCACGCCUUAAGACAUUCUUUUCAUUUGUUAAUGAAAAAGAAGAGACAGUAAAAAGCCGAUCCAAGACUAGGCAGAUGGAGAGGGCUUCAACCAGAAGCAGUGAGGAAGUUGAAUCAACAGAUGGUUCCAAGAAAAUCCAUAUGGAGCUCUCUUCAAACAGAACCGUUAGUUUUGACAGUGGAGUCUAGUAAUUGGUGGCUUUUGGAGAAAAUUUAGUUUAAACUAUUUCCUCCCAUUUCAAAUCUAAUGUGCUGCAGCAAGUUAAAUAAUUCUCAGUCAGCUUUUUAUAGUCCGUCUUUACAUUUGGUUUCAUGGUGCUGUGCGUUGGUCUCUUGUACGUAAGUGCUUUUUGUAACAAAAAGUUGUGCAUUUUUAUUAUUAGCAUAAUAAUAGGCUGCAAGUUUAUCCC